AUGGCCAAUGACCUUCUGCCCCUGGGCAAUCCUGGGCACUCCCAUUGGCUGGGAGAUGACGAUUUGCUGAAACGGGAUGCUUGGCUGCACGCCAUGUGGGUCGCGGUACCCCACCCGGCGCUAACCGAAAUCAGACGCAAACCGCCUGAGCGACGGCUUGGCAGUCUUGGCGGAUGGCCCUCUCCUCCCUUCUCCUCCCCUGCGACCGCCGCUGCUGCUCGCCAAACGGGCAUCUCGAAGCUCAAGGAAUCGCCAUGGACAUCGGCGGGAAUCCCUGUGGCCUGCAGCUCCAACCCUGCUCGUCGCAACCAUGCACGGGAAUUCGGCCACCUUUGUUUUCAGAUUCAGAUUUUACGAUGGGCUCCUUGA